AUGACACAAGGUAAGUUGAAUGGUAGUUCCAAGGAGCAUGCUGCAUGCACUAGGCGUGUUCCUACGCCAGGGGUAGCAACAAUACUUGCAAUAGGGAAGGCAUUCCCAAGCCAAAUCAUCCCUCAAGAAUGCUUAGUGGAAGGUUAUAUUCGUGACACAAAGUGUGAGGAUUCAUAUAUUAAGGAGAAGUUGGAGCGUCUAUGUAAAAACACUACUGUGAAGACAAGAUACACAGUGAUGUCAAAGGAGAUUCUAGACAAAUACCCUGAGUUGGCCACAGAGGGCUCAGCAACCAUAAAGCAAAAGCUGGAAAUAGCAAAUCCGGCCGUUGUAGAGAUGGCUACCAAUGCCAGCCUUGCCUGCAUCAAGGAAUGGGGAAGGCCUGCACAAGACAUCACUCACAUAGUCUACGUCUCGUCCAGCGAAAUUCGGUUGCCGGGAGGAGACCUCUAUCUGGCCAAUGAGCUUGGCUUGAGGAGCGAUGUAAGUCGAGUAAUGCUCUACUUUCUUGGCUGCUACGGCGGAGUCACUGGCCUAAGAGUCGCUAAGGACAUAGCGGAAAAUAAUCUUGGUAGCAGGGUUCUACUCACAACAUCUGAGACUACCAUACUUGGCUUCAGACCCCCCAACAAGUCUAGGCCUUAUGAUCUCGUUGGGGCUGCGCUUUUUGGCGAUGGAGCAGCCGCAGUUAUAAUUGGAGCCAACCCUGUUUUGGGACAAGAAUCUCCCUUCAUGGAGCUCAACUAUGCUGUCCAAAAAUUCGUGCCGGAGACACACACUGUGAUUGAUGGUAGGCUCUCUGAGGAGGGUAUAAACUUCAAACUCGGACGAGACCUUCCUCAGAAAAUCGAAGACAACAUCGAGGAGUUCUGCAAGAAGCUCAUGGCUAAGAGCAACAUCAAGGAUUUCAAUGAGCUAUUCUGGGCUGUUCAUCCCGGGGGACCUGCAAUCCUCAACAAACUAGAGAGUACACUCAAAUUGAGCAGUGAGAAGCUUGAUUGUAGUAGAAAGGCACUAAUGGAUUAUGGGAAUGUUAGUAGCAACACCAUAUUCUAUGUGAUGGAGUACAUGAGAGAGUACUUGAAAGAAGGAAGGGAGGAAUGGGGUCUCGGAUUGGCGUUCGGUCCGGGAAUUACUUUCGAAGGAAUUCUCCUACGUAGUCUGUAAUCUUACAACUCCAGGUCUUGGAGAUUUAAGCUUCUCUACCUAACCUUUUCUUUACCAGAACAAAAUUUAAUCUUAAACAAGCAUUUGUCUUCAUAUAGCAAUUGGAAGAUGUACUAAGUGGUGUUCUGUUAUGGUGGUUUAAGAUGUUUUUCUAACAAUAAAGUAUGAUGUAGUAAAUUACUAUAUGAACAUCAAGACCAAAAGUUAUUUGGUUGGUAUAGC